ACGUCACGGCAGCUGUCGGAAGGGUCCGAUUAGUGCGAGGGAGCGGCGGGCGCUCGGCACAGCCGCGCCAGCGCCACCGGCCCCGCCACCGGCCCCACACUACCUCAGCGCCCCGCCGCUCCCGCUCGCAGCUCCUCGCCGCUCUGCCGUUACGAGGCCUUUGCACUGAAGCCAAGUGAAGCACCUCAGAACUGCACUGCACACCCUCAGCUACAACUUCACUAGCAGCAAAGCAUCUGCACCAGCACCCAGACCUCCAGCCCUGCUCUCCUCCCUGCCCACUGCUCCCAUCUCGGUGCCUGCAAGCCAGUGCUCAAUACUUCCCCACCCAUCCCUCUGGACCACUCCCCACCAUGUUUCAGCGUCUCACCAGCCUCUUCUUCAGCGACAGCAACACACCAGAAGGGCUAGAGGAGCCCAAGCCCUUUGUUGAGGCAGAGGAGGAAGAGGAUGGGUGGCUCAUAAUUGACCUUGCAGGCAGCCGUGCCCGCCCCGGCGCUGCCCAGCGAGCGGCUGCGGGCGGGACCGGGCGCCCGGCGCGCUGCCGCCCCACACCCCCUGGCCCGCCGCCCUUGCCGGCAGCUUCCCCGGCUCCGGCCGGUCCCUGCUUGAUGGACGAGAGUUGGUUUGUCACCCCUCCCCCCUGUUUUACUGCAGAGGAGCCUGGCCCCGAUGGUAUGGGGAGCAGCCCCAUGGAGGACCUGCUCAUCGAGCACCCCAGCAUGUCCGUCUACGUCACCAGCACCCUCGAGGUGGAGGGGGAGGGCCCCGAGGACGAUGUGAGCAGGGAGGUGCCGGAGCCCCGCCUGGAGCGGCUGGUGCCGCAGCACAGCCGGCCGCUGGCGGUGGCGGCUGCCGUCCUGGAGAAGGUGGGGCAGGCGCGGCGGGUGCAGCGUGCCAAGCAGCUGGCGGAGAAGCACCUGCUGGGCCACAAGGCCCUGCAGCGGCAGAACCGUGCCCGCCAGCGCCCGCUGCGCCGUGCCAAGCAGCACGCCGGGCCCUUCAUCCACCAGCCCUGCCAGCACCACUGCAACUACUGACCUCAGGGCGCUGCCCCCGCCAGCCCCGCGGCGGAGGGACACUGCGCCCACCCCGACACCAGCCGCGCCGGGCAGCGCCGGCCCCCACGAGCCCUGGUGCUGCCGGGGCUGCGGUCCCGCUCCACACCCCCCACACGUACACCCGGCCCCUCGUAUCCUUGUCUUCCUCCUGCCGUCCUCCGCUGCUCCCCUCGUCCUCUGCCCCAGCCGCGCCCGCCGCCCGCGGAGCCGCUGGCAGGGAGGCCGCCUCGCAGCCGCGCCAGCCGUCCUGCGGGCCGCCGGUGCUCCGCGGCGACCGCCCGACCCAGCGCCCCUCUGCCCUGACGAGCCUGUGACAUCAGUGCCUUUCUUCACGACAUCAUGAGCCCAGGUGCGGCCGGAGCGGGAUGUCGCCAGCAGACGCCGAGCGGGAGGGCAGCAGAGCGGCGGGAGCCGGGGCUGUUAGGAGGACCUCAUCCACGACACUAAGUUACGCUCCCCGCCCCCACAAGCAGCAGCCACUCCCUUCCCGCUGAGGGUUUUAACCACGUUUUUAGCACGGUAAGGCAGAGCUCCUCGCUGCCGGUCCCAGAAGGGUUCGCCGUGGGGCAGGCCUGGUGGAAAGCCUCCUGGCAGGGUCAGGCGGUGCCCCGGGGUGGGCUUUAAACGACAACCUCACAGCAAUCUCAGGAAACAAGGCACCGUCCCAGCGCCUCACCCAAGCCCGCAGCCACCCUGCCUGGGCGCAGCAGCAGCCUCACCACCGCCGGCAGUACCAGCAGGCUGCUGGCUGCCUCUUCGGAGCAAGCCCUCUCCUGGAGCCACUGCCCGAGCCACACCCUCAGAGGCGGAAUCAGAGCAUCACACAGCGGGAGGGGCUAGAGGGCACCUCUAAAGCUCAGCCACUCCCACCCCCUGCCAGAGCAGGACCACCCAGGGUGAGUCACACAGGAACACAUCUUGAAGUUCUCUACAGAAGGAGGCUCCACCACCUCUCGGGCAGCGCGGUCCAGUGCUCUGCCACCCCCUGCAGCACAGAGGUUCCUCCUUACGCUUAGAUGGCACUUGCUGUGUUCAAGUUCAUGCCCACUAUCUCGUGUCCUGCGUGGCCGUGUUUCUCCAUACCCUUGGAAGAGGCACCUGUAGAGCCAAGGAGCGUCACUGUCCAGCGUUAGUCCCUGGGAGGGGAAGCUGAGGCAGGGACCUGCACAGCUGGUGGCCAAAGCAUGUCAAAGCUGGUGGUGAAGGGAUGUUGAAGAGGAAGCCAGAGGGAAGAGGAUGAAGCAAGGGCAAAGAUGGACCUGGGAGUGGCUGUGGAAGGACAGGAUAGGGCAGGCCCCGGCAGCAGGGCUGGGCCAGAGGAUGGCUGCAGUGGAGCCUCCUUCCCCACUACAAGUUGCCUCAUUUCCCAGGAGGGGCCAAAUCCUGCCGGCAGCAGCACUGCUUUAGGCUGCACAUCGCUGCCCUCCCCGUGACAGACUCAUUCUGCCUUGCCUCGGGCAUGGUCCAGGCUUUUCACUGGCUCCAGCAACAGCUCAGCUGGCUCCAAACCCAGCAGGAAUUUGCCCAUCCCCUCCUGCUCCCUUUCUUUAGUGACUGGUUUUGAACUUUGCGCCCUGAAGAAGGUCUGCCCAUCGUGUCCUGGCUGCAGCCAGCUCACAGCCCAGAUUCCCACCCUCAGAAACAAGAAGUACUCCCACCCUCACCCUCCAAACCCGCUGAUCUCACAAGAGUCUUUUCCACAUUACAUCCCUUAACAUCAGCUUAGGCCCUAGGCUGAGAGCCCAACCUCAUCGAUGUUUCUAACGAGAUGCAAAUCCAGUUGAACCCUCUGAGGAGCAGCAGCCUGCAGCUCUGUGCCUGGAAGCCUGCAGCAGCCUGCAGCUCCGUGCCCUGCAGCAGCAGGGGGCAGCUGAGGAUGCAGCUCACUCCCACGACUCUGCAUUCCCAGAACCACGGAAAGAAUGGAAAACCUAUUCCAAACACCUCCGUCAGCCUUCCCCAUCCAAUUCUUCCAGGCCAGUUCCUUGUUUCAAGUCCUCCUGAGCCCUGGUGCCCUCGUCACACGAGUGAUGCGAUGCCCCUGGGGCAAGCACAGUGCCAGCUGCUGUGGCAGCAGAGACGCCGGUUUGAUCUGCUGCUCCUCCAGCCUCGCUGCGGAGCGUGGCAGCAGCAGGGCAGAGUUUUCCCGGCGGCGGUUGACAGCGGAGAAGGAGCAGGCUGGGGAGCCCAGCGUUGCCCCCGCCCUUGGCACCGCCCAGCCUCUCCUCGGGGCUCGCCGCAGUCACCGUCCCUCAGCGCCAAACGCAGGCCCUGCUGGAGGGCAGCCUGCUUCAGCUCUGCUGUCUGCUCGGCUCAAACGUUUACGUCCUUUGGCUUCCUGGGCCUCACAGCAAAUGCCUUCUCCACCCGAAGUGGUGCCCAGUACGAACUGGGAGCGUGCCCCCUGCCACAGGGGUUCUGGCACAAGACGGGGCUGAGCCUGAGCUCUCUGGUGUCCGAUGGAUGCCCACUGAGGUGCUGCUGCCCUGUGUGGCUGGUGGUGAGCUCAGUGACAGUGUUAGACGUUUCUCUCCGGCCCAAACACACAUCAGGCAGUGGAGCAGGCAGCAGCCUCCCGCCCCUGCUCCACUCUGCAUCUCCUCCUGUGCAGCCGAAACGCCUCCAGUCCCUCCGGAGUGGCCCUGAAGUGAGAUGCUGGCAGUGGCAGUCUCACCCCUGCUGCAUCUCCCGGCACAGGACAGGCUGCGGGUGGCAAGGCUGGCCAGGAGCAGUGUGCCUGGGGUGGAUGCUGCCAAGUCUUGCCUGCCAGGCUUUCCUGUGCCCAGCAGUCUGCUUGCAGACGGUACCCCCUCCUCUGCGUCCCACCCGUCCCUCCUGUGCCAGGAGCCCUUGGCGGUGCUCCCGCGGGGGCUCACUGCGGUGGUGGCAGCUGAUAGAGGGCACCCAGCCCCCACCUCCCCUGCCCGAGGCCCUGGCUGUCGCUCCGUCCUGGUUUGCAGAAGCGAGUGCAAGCCUUUCUCUUCCCCUUCCUUCUCUCUGUGCCAGUCUGUGCCCAGCCAGCGCAGGACACGAUGCAGGACUCUGAGCUCACUUUAUAUCAAGCUGAUGUUUAUAAAGGAUUAAUAAAUUAUUAAUAACCUUUUCA